UUUAUAAUAGUGUGUUUGUUGUUUGUUAUAGUGUACCCCAAAGAGGAUAACUUAAGCAAAAGAUACGUUUCUACAAAGAUGUUCCACCACAAUGUAAAAAGAACAGAAAAAUCUGAAACAGGUAUAACAUUUCGUACCCUCCAACAGACUAAUACUAAGAUAAGAAUCUCAUUUCCUGGUACAAAGUGGUGCGGGCCCGGUUUCAUUGCAAAGUAUUUCGAAGAUUUGGGAGAAAAAAAGGAACUUGAUAAAUGCUGCCGAGCUCAUGAUCUGUGUCCACAAUAUAUCGAACCCGGACGCAAAAAGUUCGGACUGCGGAAUUUCAGUUUAAGCACAAAAAGUCAUUGCAGCUGCGAUGAAAAACUUUAUAGGUGUUUGAAAGGUGUACAAGAUGGUUGUGCCAAAGGGAUCGGUCGUCUAUAUUUUCAAUUUUUUAAUACGAAGUGUUUUAAGAAAAGUUCGGUCUGUACGGGAUGUGCUAAGAGAGUGAGUGGGAGAUGUGUUGAGUAUGAUGUUGAUAAAAACAGCAAACAAAAUUUCCAGUGGUUCGACAAUCCUAAGUUUUAA